UUUAUGGGAGGAAGGAAUACUUGUGAGAGUAUUUGUGAGGGAGGUAAUAUAUAUUCAAUCAUCUCCUGCAAUUUUGCUGAACUGAUGAGUAGCAGACGUAUGUAAGCUUCAACCAUUCCACAGGGUGCUGCUGCAUACGAAAGGAAAUAGUCGAUCCCGCAUAUGUACUGUCUGCUAGGGGACUUGUACCCAGCCGCUCUGACUUAAAUUUACGAAAGCAUUUGGAAGGCGCACACACUCACAUUACACCUCGCUCUACCACCACCACCGCUACCGCCACCGCCGGCGAGUUCGGCUGCUGGCUUGACAAGUCAAUGCCUUCACAGAAGCGCGAGGCCUCUCCAUCUUCUUCAGCUGAGGAUGAGGAGGAGAAGGCCGACGAUUUGCAGUUGGACAAUCAAAAUCAGAACGAAGAAGAAACCGAUGAAGGAGACGAUUCGGAUGAAAGCUCUUCGAGCGAUGCCGUAAAAGACGAAUUUAUCACCCUUAGACUAUCAGAAAUACGCAAAGAAGUACAAUGUCCGAUAUGCUUAGGCAUUAUUCGAAAGACAAGAACGGUUAUGGAAUGUUUACACCGAUUUUGCAGAGAAUGUAUUGACAAGUCUAUGCGAAUGGGGAACAAUGAAUGUCCUGCUUGUCGCACGCAUUGCGCUAGUCGCCGUUCUUUGAGGGAUGACCCAAACUAUGAUGCCUUAAUAGCUAUACUGUAUCCAGAUAUUGACAAAUAUGAGGAAGAGGAAUUGGCUUUUCAUGAAGAGGAGAUGGCUCGAAAUAAGCAGAUUCAAGCAUCAAUUGCCCAGACGCUUCGACGUCAAACUGAAGCAUUGGGAAGAAAGAGAACACCAAGAUCAAAUCAAUCAGCAUAUAUUAGGAGAUCUGGGAAUAGAAAUUUAAGGAGAAGGAGAAACCAUCGAGUUGAACCUCAAGGAUCUGAUGAUGAUGAGGACGGCAAUGGCCAUGAUGACAAAGAUUCGUCUUCUGCUGAUGAACAGCAUGGUACAGAAGCCAAACAAAAAAGGGCUAAAAGAUUGGGAGGGAGAUUCUCUCUAGGAUCAACGGCAGGCAAUGCCAAUUCAGGCUUUGAUGAAAAUGAUUCAGAAAUGAACAGAGAGUUGUUUGGUGCAAUGGGGCUUAUUGGCAGCUCAGAAAUUCUUGCAUGGGGGAAGGGUGGCAUGCGAAGUCAAAAAACUCAACAUAGGUAUAGCAGCCUGGGCGGCGGCAGCGGUAAUGCCCGGAUUCGCAGGAACAGUAGAGUCUCGAAGCUGAUUGAAUCUCUCCAACAUUCAAAUCAAAAUGAAGUAAAGGUGGAUAUCGGCCUCAUGCUUGUUUCCUUGUGUGAGGAAGAUAUUCCAAGUUUGCAACGACCAUAUCUUUGCUGCAGACCAACUCUGACUGUUAAACAUUUGAUUCAAUAUGUCUCUCUGCAGACUUCAAUCCAAGCUGAUGGAAUCGACAUAUUGGUGAUGAAAGAGCUUAGUUCCACCGUGAAACCUUCAAGCUCUGAGGCUGUGUUGAACACAAAAUCAGUUGCAGGCGUUCCUUCCAAUGGCGAGUUCGACUUGUUACAAGAAAACCAGACGUUGGAAGAAAUCCGAUCCAGCCGUGGUUUUAGUCAAUGUAAUCUGCUUUUGGCAUAUCGGCUCAAGUCAAAGGGUUAGGGUGGUGGUUGUGGUAAUGGUGGUGAAAAACAUUCAGUUGCUGUGCACAGAUACUUGGGAAUUUCGAGUUUAGUCAAAUACAUCCAGUCUAGUGUUUUUAUUUAGCUUAGUGGAAAGGUAAUCAGUUAAGCCUAUAAUCUGUACUUGUAGCAAAGCACCUUUCAUUCAAGGUGUUGUGAUCUAUAUAUGGAAGGUCCUAAUUAAGAUAAUACUAGCACAAAUGACUUGCUGCUCUUGACAAUCUCUUGCACGUUUUCAUAUAUAUAAUAUGUACACCUUUCUUUAGAAACCAGUGAUACCUAAGUGAAAUUUUAUGACUGAUACCAUAUUUCUUCCA